UUACGACUCUCUGGAUCUUUUAUAUAAGACCUAUCACACCAGUUUACAGUUCAUACCAACAUUUCAGUCAGACGCUUGCAAGUAAAGACUAAGAUAACAGUAUUUGAUAGUUUCAAUCUUGCCGGUUCAAUGAAAUCCUGCAACAUGUGUACGACAUGGACAAUGCUUUUGGCUCUCCUUAUCAGCCUACUCAACUGGCAGCUGGUCAUAGCCGGUUUAGAGCACACCUGUAAUGAAGAAACAAUCCGUCAGGGUGCCGCGUCAGGUGGUUACUGUGGCGACAAAAUACCGAACUUUUUGCGACUUAUUUGUAGUCCUGGCGGAUAUUCCGAUGGACCAAGGCAAAGAAGAAAUUAUGUAUCACCUUAUGCAUCCCGAGGUCUCCGCCAUAGAAGUAGUACACUCAAAGACAUUAUCAUUAGUAAAAAGAAAGCCAAGUCCUACUUGGUGAAGCGUGACCGCAACUGGAGUGGGAUCGUUUGUGAGUGUUGCUACAAUACCUGUACCAUUGAAGAACUUCUUGACUAUUGUAAAGACCCGAGGGAUUUCAGGGCCCGUGUUCAACAGUCUUGAAACACCUAAGACUGCCAUCAAACAAUUAUUUUUUUUAAUUUUAAAUUUUUUUUUGCUGACAUCUCCUCAUCCCCUCUCACCAAAGGAUAUGCCUGUAAUUAUCUGUCCGUUUAAGCAUCUCACUUAUAUAUAUAUAUAUAUAUAGCCUUUCCUUGUCACACUCACACCUUUCUCUCUCACUUUCACUUUCUCUCUCAUGUAUAUCUAUAUACUAUACACAUAC